GGGAUGUACUUUGAGUUCCAAAUCCUCGCUUCCAGUGUUGUAGAACAAGGAGGCUGAAAACCUGAAGAAUUAGCGCUUGAAACUUGAAACCAAAACAACAACCCUUCUGACAAGAAAACAUUACAUGGUUUGUUUGACAAGAAAAGAGAACAAAAGUAAUUGGAUAACUCCUUUGUAUAAAUAAUAUCCUCCCUAUUGCAUCCCACCAUCACCAUGUCUCCAAUCAUGUCUUCUCCAUUCCUAGUCAUCAUCUUCCUCUUCGUCUUCCUUCUGGUCGGCCCCGUGUCACUGAUCCUCGCCAGAAACCCCCAUUCCAUCAGCUUCCGAUCCCCCAAUCUCUACCCGGAGGGCCUCGCGUGGGACCCCUCCGCCCAGCACUUCCUCGUGGGCUCCAUUCGCAACCGCACGAUCGCCGCCGUGUCCGACGCGGGGGUCGUCGAGACCUUAAUCUCAGACUCCUCCCUCCCCGAAAACGUCACUGUUCUGGGCCUCGCUGUGGACUCCGCCAACCACCGUCUUCUCGCCGUUAUCCACGCCGCGGACCCACUACCCCACUUCGAUGCCCUCGCCGCCUACGACCUCCGCUCAGGCAACCGCCUCUUCCUCUCUCUUCUCCCAUCCGAUGAAGCCGCCGGCGGCACACGUCAGAUCGCGAACGACGUCACCGUGGACUUCAAGGGCAACGCCUACGUCACCAACGCGGCCGGAAACUACAUCUGGAAAGUCAACGCCGACGGAGAAGCUUCCAUCUUCUCUAGAUCGCGGGCCUUCACGGCCCAUCCCGUGGACCGCGACUCACCGUUCAGCUACUGCGGGCUCAACGGGAUUGCUUACGUCAGCAAGGGUUACCUCCUUGUGGUGCAGACGAAUACGGGGAAGAUGUUCAAGGUUGACGACGAAGACGGGACGGCCAGGCUGGUGUUGUUGAACGAGGAUUUGACUCUGGCGGAUGGGAUCGCGAUCCGGAGCGACGGCGUCGUUUUGGUGGUGUCCCAGAAUAAGCUGUGGUUUCUGAAGAGUCAGGAUAGUUGGGGGGAGGGAGUGGUAUUUGACAAAAUUGACCUUGAUAGCGAGGGGUUUCCUACUUCGGUGGUAGUGGGAGCGGAGGACAGGGUGUACGUGUUAAAUGGGCAUGUGUUGGAGGGUAUGAUGGGGAAUGUGGAGAGGGAGAGGUUUAGCAUAGUGGAGGUGAGGUCGGAGAAGGAGAGUGGGGAAGAGAAAAUUUGGGUGUAUUUGCUGAUAGGGUUCGGUUUUGCUUACUUCUUGUUCUGGAGAUUUCAGAUGCGCCAGCUUGUUUCCAACUUGGACAAAAAGACCAAUUAAGUUUUGCUUUUUUAACUCUCUUGAGUGAAAGUUUUUGUUGAAUCAAUGAAGUUUGUUUUUGUCUUUACUAUCAGAAUUCUAAUAAAAGCAGAAUGGGUUUUACUUGGA